UGUUUUGAGUUCUGUUUCGUCACACCUUUCGUUUUGUCAAUUCAAUUCAAUUUUGUCAAUCGAACAUAGAAUCGCAAGUUCUUUUCACAAAAGGAAUGCAAAAAGCAUCUCAUAUAGCACGACAAAACUCCCAGGAACAAAUACCCCCCGAAUUUAUGUCUACGGUCAAUAUGAAGCGGAGAACAUUGUCCGGCAGCUGUGGCGUAGGUUUUUUCGUGCUGGCAUUUGGCUUCAUAGCCAUCGCAUUUGCCACACCCAGCUGGCUGGUGAGUGAUUAUCGCAUUACUGGAGCCAAAAUGGAUCGCUUGGGCUUGUGGGUGCAUUGUUUCCGUUCGCUGCCAGAUGUGAACGACGACAGCCAACGCCGCUUCUUUGUGGGAUGCAGGUGGGUGUAUGACCCAUUUACAACGGGCUACGAUGAGAUUCGCGGUUUCCUGCUGCCCCCCUUCAUGAUUGCAACACAGUUCUUUUACACACUGGGCUUUGUGGGAAUGUUGGUGUCUGCCAUAGGAGUGUUGGUGUUUUUCCUAUGUGCUGGACCCGAUCAGAAGCACUUUGUUAAACUUAUACGUAUUAUUGGAUAUGUGGUGCUUGCAGCUGGGGCAUGUGCUGGCUUGGCUGUCAUUAUUUUUGCCUCUUUGGGCAAUCGUAACAAUUGGAUGCCAGAACAUGCCAACAAUUGGUUUGGUUGGUCGUUUAUCUUGGCUUGUGUUGGGUCAGUGAUGGCCUUGGUGGCCGGUACUCUGUUUCUCACCGAGGCCAAUGUGCAGAAACGCAAGAGGACCCUGUUCAAAGAGUCUCAGACCAGAUUUGAGAUGAUGCACGGUGGCAAGUAACAUCAACUGCAACAACAAUAUCCAUCGUUAAGACACCAACGUCCCACCCAUUGGAUAGACCGCCUCCUCAGGAUUCAUUCAUAGUUAUUUGUAGAAUCUCAUCAUAUAUUCUGCCCGCUACAAACAUCAUCUCCUUAACUGAUUUUAAAGUGUGUACAUGUGGUCGAUACUUACUCCCAACUUCUACACAAAACAAAAAAAAAAAGACUAUAAUGUAUGCAGCUGAAAGAAAAGGUUCCCAUACCGUUUACAACUCUACCGUUGGUACUUAUGAUUUAUGCUAUUAUGCUCAUUAAAAAUAUACUACAUUCCGGUAAAGACUGAUUGCGCAGAAAUUUCAUUGUGACCGCGCCAAUUUGCGGUGACCUAAGCAAUAGAAUCUCAAAAACCUCCCCACAGUCCACCACCACUCUCCACAUCAUCCAGACACAGUACGAGCAAAGACAACGAAUGAAUGUAGUAGACCUUAGAAUGAUUGCAUGUCGAAUAUGCAAUUAUCACACAAAAAAUCACUUACUUCAAAUUCAAAUGAUGCCUGAAUAUGAACUCGAGAUGAAUCAUUUGAGAAUCGUCCACAGCCAUCAACAUCAUAAACGAAAAACGACAUAAGCUAGGCAGCUCAAUAAUUUGCACAUUGCAACUUACCAAUGCACACGACCGACAACUUGCAUUUGUUCUCAAUUUUAUCUUUUUUCCGAAUCUCUUAAUUAUGUUUUUUUUUUCUCGAAUACUGAAUAAUUAUGAAGUAGUAACACAAUUUCGAAUGGAAUGCAGUGUUUUUUACGUUUUGUUUUUACAUUGUGCCUUAGAUAGUAUUGUAAGCAUAGUUCGAUUGUUUUACACCAUAUACAAAGAAAACAGAAAUUGGAACAUCCAAUCACUUAGACCAUAAGAAAAUCCCCUUUGCCCAUAUCUAUCUUUAAUCCAAAAUAUUUGUAUUUUUUACAUUCCAUUUAUACAAAGCAAAGGCAUCUUUUUUAAUACCUAAGACGACACAUCAGUUGCAAAUAUUUUACAAAAUGUUUUUUCAUAUAUAGAUAAGUACGUAUGCCUAAACAAACAUACAUUUAUUACCAUUCCGUCCAAGUUUUACAAAUUUUAAUAAAAAUUAAACGAAUUUUUCUAAUGGAAA